AUGGAAAUGGCCAUUGCACAGCCUUACCAUGUGCAUUACGCCCCAUUCUUCCUUCUCUUCCUAUGCUCCGCCCACAACAUAACCAAGAUCCUCGUGGGCUUCCCCGAGAACUCAUUCUUCAACUCCUACGUCAGCCAGACCAAGCUAGCUGACGAGAUCAACAGUCGCCAAGCCAUCAUCAUCCUCACCCUUGACAACGACACCAUGUCCACCCUCGCCGACAAGAAGCCCAUGUCUAUCAUCAAGAACGAGCUCGUCAUCCAUGUCGCCCUCGAUUACUUUGACCCCAGAAGCUUAGACCUGUUAAACGGGUGGACCCAUUUUGACACUUCUACAGAAGCUCCACCAGAUCCCCAAGGGCUCCACCCUCUCCACCACUCUAGACUAGAUCAUCGGGAUGCGCCCGAUAACACUAGCUUCGUCAACAUCACUAACCUCCGGGGGGAAAAGGUCGGUUUUGGCGCCACCGCCCCCGACUGGCAGCUCAACUCAUUGUACACCAAGUCGGUGAAGCAAAUCGCCUACAACAUCUCUGUCCUCCAUAUCAGUGCACCUAUCAUGUUCCCUGUAAUCCUCGCCACCCCGGCACCGUCGGCCUCGGACGUGAAUGUGACGGUGCUGCUUGAGAAGGCAAGGUGCAAGAUGUUCGUGAGCCUCCUCAUCUUGAGCUUUGAGAGAGAGCCAGCGAGCGAGAGAGAGCAUGAUUACGUGAGUGUGGAGAGUGAAGGAAUUAGAGAUUAG